UUUUACAGCUAUUCAGCGAUACGUCACAAGAUUGCAUUGUUUUCUCCCGCGUUGCCAUAAACAACGAAACCUUCCACUGACUGCCCUCACGAGCCCUUGACUGUCCUUUAUCGAAACACGCGAUGUCUGACCCGAUAUUACCGCGAUCGCCCUUCGGUCGAAACAUUAUCGGCACGCAAGCGGAAGGGCCGGCGGCCACAGAACCGGAGGCUGACCAGCACUGCAAUCCGUCAUCGAUCUGCCUGCCUUUCUGUGCUCCAGCUGAUAGCACAUAUGGCUGCGUUCCCGACGGCUCGAGUGAUUUUCAGCAAAAUGCCGGUCCUGCCUCGAUGGAUGCAGGGUUCCCUUUAUUUGACGUUGGUUCAUUAGCGCCGGCCGGCAAUUGGGUCAGCAACCAAUUCCUCCAAGACAUUGAGCUUUCCUUGGCCUAUGGCUACGCUUCUCCUUCAGCUCCCGCUCCUUUGGGUGGGACUGGGUCUGAGCCCGACGAACGCGCGGCAGUUUGUACAGAUUCUAGCACGGUCGGCCACGAGUACCCUGGUGGUGUUAAGAUCUCUCAUGCGAUUAUGGUUGAGUGCGCGGAAACCUGCUACUUCUGGUGCGAAGAUGACGUACCCUUUGCGAAGAAGACGACCUAUCAAUGUGUGAAUCUUGAGUACGUGUCAGCGCAGGUGUUGUGGCGGCUGUCAGCGCAAGUGGGAGCUCAUGUGGCAGGGCAUGCAGGAGGGCUCGUUUCAGGACAGAGUGGCCGCAUGUGGGAGGGAAGCUUCGGACGAGCGGUUAUAGUCCUGACGGGAAUACUUAUGCGCGAAGGAAGGGUGCUUAGUGGGAUUGCUAGGCGGGAAGAACAAGCAUAUCGAGUGCUCUGCUCUGUGAGAUCAGAGACUGCAACGGCGAUGGGCAUUCUGGAGGUUUCAUUUACACCGUAGUACACUAGCGCGAGGAGUGUUGAAUCCUUUUGCGUAAAGCGGGAACAAGCGGCUGUGAUGCGGCGUCGAUCGGCUAGACGGGUGUGGUUUCGUUUAGUGGGGAGUCUUGGGGGUCGCGGGUCGGGCGGUGCCGUGACGGUGGAGUGGGGUCCGG